AUGCGUCGCUACCAAUGGGCGCGAUCUCUAGUGAAAAGCUUUGGAGCAGACGGCAGGGAUCACGGUAUCCCCCCAUGCGAUCUGGAAAAGUCACAACCAGAAACAAAGAGUAUGGGCCCCCAGCUGCCUCCCCACGUUGAGGCAGUUAGACAAAUGAUGCGGCCGAAAGGUAUUGAAAAGCAAGCCUUGGAGGGUGGGAAUGGAGCUCAAGGUGCUAGCGGCAGUGAAAAGGAUAUGGUGGGCGAAGAGAUGUGUGUGCCUUCACAGGAGAAGCCAGCAGAAGCCUUACCUCAGCUGCUUGCGGCUGAGGCCACCGCGGCGGCUGCAGAAGGGGAGGAGUGGGGGUGGGCUGCGGCACAGAGCCUUCUGCGGCUGCAGCCCUUGGGGCCUCUCAGGCUUGGACUAGGGUUUCAGCAAAAGGAAGCUGACCGUGCCCAGCUAAUCAGUCAACUUUCACAAGCCGCUACCAACGUACACGCAAAGUAUGGCAGCAGCCGCAGUAUUAGCAGCAGCGGAGCACAGGUAGCGGAACAGAGGAUGAAGGAGUCUGGGCAAGUGCUUGAGGUGAAUGUGCGCGAGCCACUCACUGGCUUGCGCAAUUAUGCCCUCGAUGACGACGAGGGAGGCGAAGAAAUCUACAGCAGCACUGCCCCAAAUAGUAGCUUGUAUGAUUUUGGGGGUGCCACUGAGUCAAGGACGGGCACUCUGGCUCAUGACCUUGCUUGUCGGGCAAGCAGAACGGCAUGCCUGAAAGAGGAAGGGCGGCUGCAGCUGGCCAGGGCUGUGGAGGCCGAAGGCAUAGUGGUUGUUUCAGAUGACGGACAGAGUCAAGCACAAGACAGUGGAGAGGAACGGACGGAGGAUAUCAUACCACCUCAUGACCUCGUUGACAACAGAGAAUGGGCAUUUGAGACCUUUUGCGAUUUGGCUCUACCGCCAGUACCUGUAGGCUUUAACGGAAUGCACACGACGACAGAGACUGAGGAAACCAAGUGCCUCUCGGAUAGUGUUGAGCUGUUGGCGGAUGAAGAAGAUAGGCGUGAAGUAAUGCAGUCACUAGGCAGCACUCAUCAAGAAGCAAAGGAGAAAAGGGGCCGCGGCUUCUCCAGCAGUAGUUUUGGUGUGCUCAGAGCUGUGAAGGGAACUACACCGCCGGACAGCACAGAGCCAGAGGGUUCAGAAGUGAGCUCUGCAUCUCGCAUGCAGCCGCUGUGGGCAGCUGGCACGCCCAGCAGUCGUUUGUCUCUCUUGGAGCAGGUCGGGGGGAGGAAACUUCAGUGGGUAAAGGAAGGAGAUGAGGAGGCCGCAGCAGCUGCUGCUCGGCAACCCAUUUGGCUCCUGCAGCACCAAGAACAGCUUUUGCGCCGAAAUCAGCAACAGAGAGUACAACACCAAAUCCUACAGAUGCGCCACCGCCUCAACUGCCUUCAGCUGCCCUUUGUCGCCGAUCCCAAAACGCAGGCGCGGUUUGAAAUUUACACGAAACUGCGGGUGUGUCUCAGCUCUUCCCGUGAGAAAAGGCGAUUGAAUCGAGACACUGAAGCCAACAAUGAAGAACUCGGUCAGCGAACUAGCGUCUCCUCUGCGCAGGCUUGCACAAAUUCAUUGAUAAGCGCAGCAGUGGGAGCCACUGCCGAGUCACUCAAAUCAGGUUUUACAACAAAUCUCGGCACCAAUACAGUAGAGACGACAGCUGGCGCAGCAGGUGAAGUCGCUCCUUUGGGGGAUUAUGCGGCUGACCUGCUGACUACACAGUCAGCUGACAGCACUAAUUCAGGGCAGAACACAAAUGACGCCGUCGUUGCUGCUCUUAAGGCUGUCGCUGCCAUCAAUGCGGGUGCGCCCCCCGAGACAGUAAUGCCCCAACCACGCGGAGGCCGCGUGGCCCCAGUUGGGGGAAACAUACAAGAGAAGAAGACGCAAGUACAAGGGCUCGCGGAGUGUGCCAAGAAUUUCCGGAGGAUUUCCGGUGACUCCGAAGGGGUUGCGCGGAUAUGCAAAGGGCCUGCUGAGGCAUCAGUCUUUGCGGCUGCCUACCAGCGGAUCGUGGAACAGAGGCAAUUGCUGCGGGAGCAAGAAGCCGCUUACAGGGAGCUUCAGCGAGACUCGCUAGCUCGUCUCGGCAUAUUGACGCAGCACAACAUCACAGACACUCCUGCCACCACAGAGGCCGUCCGUCCUCUUGAAGAGAGCGAACCCGCUGCGCAGCACAUUACAACAAGCAAAGUAGCCGCCCAAAAGGGAAGCGUGGAGUUCCGGACGAUGCUCCCGUUGCUUCGUUCUUAUCGAAAGAGCUGUGUAUUCGUCCCCUCACCCCACCUCUGCAAGCUGUGGGGUCUUCCUGACCCAUGGGCAAACGUAGCACAAGUCGAGCUGCUGCGCCUACUUCGUCAGCAAACAACAGAGAGCUCAAUCGAAACAGGGCUGCAGGAAGGUCACACACGAGCAGCAACAGACACUGGAGCAGCAGCUGCAGGUGUAUCUGGGCCAGCUUCCCCCCCAGUGCAGGUUGUAGGACUUCCGAGCGCGGAAGACAUCACAGACGAGAUCGACAGUGCAGCGGAGCAUGAGGAACUCCUGGGAAAUGUGUUGCUUGAGGGACCGAGCAUAGACAGCUUGGGGUUGUUCAAAGCAGUCUUCGAUGCCGACAGCAGUGAAGACGAAGGGUCAUGA